AUAAAAAGUUUAAUAUUUCGUAGGCCCAGACGUUUCAUAUGAAUUGGGGAAAAUUUAGAUCCUUUAUAAAUAUAGGUUUGGUCUUGUCACUGUUUAAAUAUACGAUCUUUGGUGUGACGUCACGGCAGAGCAAACAUGGCGAACAUUCGGUGUGUCAAGGGAAUGGUUGGACUGGUGACAGGCGGUGCAUCAGGUUUAGGCCGGGCCACUGUGGAGCGUUUGGUGCAGAGUGGAGCAUCUGUUGUGAUCCUGGACCUUCCCUCCUCUGAGGGACGGGUCGUGGCUUCCAGUCUGGGUGAUUGUUGCGCUUUCGCUCCUGCAGAUGUGACUUUAGAGGCAGACGUCCAGUCAGCAGUGUCCCUGGCCAGAGAAAGGUUUGGGAAGCUGGACCUUGCGGUUAAUUGUGCUGGCAUCGCUGUGGCUGUUAAAACCUAUAACUUCAAGAAGGAUGUCGCUCACAGCCUGGAGGACUUCCAGCGUGUCAUAAAUGUGAACAUUGCAGGAACCUUUAACGUAAUCCGUCUGGCUGCUGGUGCCAUGGGGAAGAAUGAACCUGAUGCAGAUGGACACAGAGGCUGCAUCAUCAACACUGCCAGUGUGGCAGCUUUUGAUGGACAGGUUGGCCAGGCAGCAUAUUCAGCUUCUAAAGGUGGCAUCGUCGGUAUGACACUCCCUAUCGCAAGAGACCUCGCUCCCAUGGGCAUCAGGGUAGUCACCAUAGCACCAGGUCUCUUCUCGACUCCUCUCCUAGCUAGUCUUCCUGAGAAGGUGCGCUCCUUUCUUGCUCGCCAAGUGCCCUUCCCCUCACGCCUGGGAGACCCCUCUGAGUUUGCCCACCUGGUGACGUCCCUGGCUGAAAACCCCAUGAUUAAUGGCGAGGUUAUUAGACUGGAUGGAGCCAUUCGUAUGCAGCCAUGAGACAGAUGGGCAGUGUGUGUAUGUGUUGACUGCCACUAGUUAAGGAAAGAGGUCUGUGAGAGGCUGCCUCGUGUGUUCACAUGUAUCCAUAAUGUGUAAAAAUGAGACUAUACAGUACAUGAAUGAAACAAUGCACAACUCUUUUUUUAACAAAUCUGAUCAUAGUAAACAUGUCUAAUUUCAAAUAAACCUGACAUAUUACA